AUGUUAUCCAACGAUCAUCAAAAUUUUGUAAAGCUUGUUAGAAAUCCAUAAAUUAAUGCAAUUUAAUAGUUAACAUAAUUAGUUACUUAAGCUAGCCGAACAAAGAGCACUUUAUAGCCCUCCACCAAAAGAAUAGCUGAAGUAUAAAAAUGCGAAAAAGCUGAUAAAUAAGAAAAAAUAAUACAUACAACAAGAGAAAUCAAUUCACAAUAAUCAAUGAGAAAUUACUUUGAUAACUCCAUUUAAAAAAAUAAUAAAGAAAAUAUACAAUCUAAAAAGCUAUUAUAUUAAGAAAAUAGAUCAUAAACUCCAAUUGCAUAAAAGAGCCCAAUUACAAUUAAUACUAGAGGAAGAGGAUCUGUUAGUCCUCUAAGAUGCAUUUAAUAAAAUAUAACCUCUAAAAGCUAAAAUAAAUCAGCUUUUAAGUCAUCUGAAGACCCUUAAAUUAUGGAUAUGGUUGAUAAUCUAAAAUAAAACAUUUUAAGAGACUUAUAAGAAGUAACUAAGAGAUAUCAAUCCAAUAAUCCAAAACCAAUAGAAAUGCUCUAAAAAUAAAGUGAAAAAAUCAAACACUUAUUAGAUUAUAAAGAACCUUAACUAAAAGUUCCUUAUUUUGACUAUUCCAGUCAAAAAACCAUAAAACAUCCAGAAAUAUUUAAUAAUGAAGAGAAUUCAUAAAACAAAUAAUAAUUUCUAGAACAAUAGUCAUAGAUUUUAUAAUAACAGUUGGAAAUUAUAAAAUAGUAAUAAGAAGCCUUAAGACAAUAAUAAUUAUCAGUUUUAAACAGCAAAACUAAUUUAAGUAGUUUUUAUAAUCAAAUGCGUAAAUAGCACAAUGAAAGUAUUGAAGAUAUCUAUGGUAAAUCAUAAUUCACAAUAAGCAACUUAUCAUCAAUUAUACCAGUAGAAGUAUCUGCUAAUCAAAAUAAGAAAACUAAUGUCUCUUUUGAAAGUAGUUUAGAAUAAAAUCCAAUUAAUUUAUAAUUAGAAAUAGUAUAAGGAAAUGAUUGUAGAACAACAUUUGGUCCUUCUUAAUUGGAAUCUUUUAUAAAAUCCCCAACAUAAGUGGAACCACAAUUAUUUAGUGAAUAAUAAAUUAUGAAGGAAACUGUUAAAUAUGUUUAAUUAGAUAAUAGUUAAGGAAAGGUAUCAUCAGCAAAAAGAUAUAGUAAUGAUAAUUAAGAAGUAGUUAAAUAGUAGGAACUUAUUGAAUAGGUGCCUCCUCCUUCAGCUUUCUCUAAUAAAUCUAAUAGAUAUGAUUAAUUAUUAUAAAACUUCUAAAGUCUACGAAAAUUAAGUAGAGAACCUAGUUUUGUAAUAGAAACAAAAAAGUCAGUUUAGAUGAAUGAUCUUAAUCAUAUAAGUGAUUUUGCUAUUAUGGGAAGUCAAAGAGAAAGCAUUGCUUUAUGUCAAACGAAACUAAUUACUUUUUAAGAGGUAAAUAAUAGUCAAGAAGAAUGUGUAUAAUCCCCUACUUCACUUUUAGGUAAGUAAUAAAUCUUAACUUUUGAAUAAGAGCUAGAAUAAAAAUCUCUCUAUUCAAAUUAAUCACAAUAUGAUCAAAGAUCUAUCUAAUAAUUACUAUAAAAAUCUAGUUUAACAUAAUAAUAGGCUUCUUCCUUUUAAAAAUAAUCUAUAUCAAUCUAACAAAGUACAGAAUAAACUAAUAGAAUACUUGAGAGUAUUAGAUCCAAUGAAAGUUUAAAAUAAAGAACAGCAAGCUUUACUGAAUUUUUAAAAGUAAAGGAUGAAUUACCAAUCAAAAUUACAAAUGUUUAAAAAUUAUCCAUAAGGCCUGGAAUAAGUAAAAACUAAUAUAUAAUUUAGGUUUCCUUUAGUAUAAACAAUAAAAUAAAUAUUGA